AUGCCUGUUGCGAGAAGAGUACGGAGUUGUACAUUUCGUUAUAAAAACUUAGAGGAGGCGAAAAACUCUCCUAUACUGCCGAGAGCCCAUCGUCAUGUAGACUUUGAAGGUACAGUCUUCACACCUCCUCCCGUGUUGGGCAUUACGGUGGUAGGCAAAUGUCAGGGAUGGCGAAGGGUCAUGGAAGACCGCAGUUGUGUAUUGAAGACCGCAGAAAAUGGUGUUCUUGCCGUUGUCCUUGAUGGACACCGUGGAGAACAGGCGGCGGUGUUCUGCGCCAAUACACUUCCACAAGCCAUUCUUAAUAAUAUCAAGCGUGGUGUACAGAAUGAAGAGGUAAAUGAUGUAAACAGAAUGAACGCUUCUAGUGGUGGUGUUGAUGGUGUUGGUGUUGUUGUUAUUGAUGGAAAUAAUAAUAAUAAUAAUAGUACUAGUAAUGUUUUUAACAACAGUGAAGAGACAACACAUGCGUUGGAGAUUUUUUCAGGGGAUCCAAACUGUGAUACUCGCCGUGAUGCCUUUGUACGUGCAUUUGUUGAAACUGACACACAACUCUUUGAUUUUCAAGGUGGUUCGAAUUUGUAUUACACGGAACCAAGAAAUCUUAGUAGUGUAAUUCCCUCUCGAAGAGAAUUCAGCAGUACAGUUCCUUCCAGAAGAGAACUCAGCAGUGCAGCUCCCUCUCGAAGAGAACUCAGCAGUACCGUUGUCUCCAAAGCUGACUCAUCAACCCAGCGUACGGUUGGAACAAAGAAGGAUGAUGAUGAUGAUGAUGAUGAUGAUGAAAAUGAAGAGUUAAGUGGUACAUACGGUGUAUUGGAUUCCCUUGGAAUACUGGAAACACCUCUGCUCAAUGAAAGCAGUGAUGCUCUCAACAACUAUGAUGAUUACAGUUUCCAGAAUACCAAUAGCAGUUUGGAUGUCGAGGACAGAUGGAAAGAUACGGUGAGUAGUAUGGCCAGUACAACCAGACGACCCCCACCCAGUUCCGGUGCCACCGCCAUUGCAGUUCAUGUAGAUGCGAAAUAUAUCACUAUUAGCAAUUUAGGUGAUUGUCGUGCUUUUAUUAUUGAACGACGAGCCGACAACAACAUCACAUCUCUCCCAGCAGAUAUGCUCUCUUCUUCUCUCACACUAUUAGGAGAUGAUGCCGCUCGUUUAACUUCAUCAUCUUCAUUAUCCUCAUCACCGGCAGCGGGUAUGCUUGUACGUAAUGCGGCGGUUGCCCAUCGCCCCACACAAAACCGACGAGAAUCCACGCGGUUGGAGCGGCAAUUCGGUCCACGUGUUGUUGUGAACGGCCGAGUUCUCGGCACUUUAAUGGUCACCCGCUCAUUUGGAGACUUUGAUGUGAAGUUCGGAAUGACCACAAAUGCCGGCGCCGCCCCACCAGAAGGCUUUGCGCUUCCUCCCACUGCCGUACAGAAUCCCAACCGUCGUUCGCAUCCCCAACAGAAUUUAACCAGCCCAGUGGUGAAUAGUCCCUAUCGUUAUCAAUAUCAUGAUGAUGUGAAUAACAAGUUAGGCAAGGAAGAUGGCUUUGAUGAGGAGGAGUGGGAAUCACCAUUGCUGGUUAGUAAUGUUCCCCACACACGUGUUUGGCGCCGGGCUCAACUCCCCCGUCCCCCACCAGGCGGUUGGAACUCAACUGAUAUCAUUCCAUACGAUCUCAUCAUGGCUGGAUCUGAUGGGACGUGGGAGUUAAAUAGUGCCACACAUCUCGCUAACCGUGCAGACGCCGCAUUGCAGCCACUCUUACAGGAAUGGUAUCAACAUCUUAACAACAAUGACAAUGACAACAACAACAACAACAACAAUGAUCAUGAAGAGAAAGAGAAAGAAUUCAUGGCGGUUGUGGAGAAAACGUUGAAGGAUGUCGUGACGGAAACAUUACAAGGUGGAAUUGCAAGAGUGUGUUCUCAGCAUGGGGGGGUUCCCGGUGGGGAUAACAUGUCAUUGGCAGUGGUCCUUCUCUUGUAA